AUGCGCCCGAACUCACUGGCACAGAGCACGGAGUAUGAGGAGUAUGAGAAAGAAAAUGAGGGUAACUUGUCUUCGGUGCCGGCUCUCGAUGAUGACGAAGUAUAUACGGUCGGCGCACUAGAUGGCAGUGAGUCCGUCGUGCAAGGCCACGGGAUUCCCCAGUUGGUUCAGCAAAUAUAUGGACACAACAUCUGGGGGCUUGAGCCUCACCACUCCGAGGAACGCACUAUCGCAGAAGACCUUGCAGCUGAGACUGUGCACCUGAUGGACAUUCGACCACAUAGGGGUGAUGGCAUGGGCUUCUCUGGCGUUGAGCACUGGGAGCAAUCGUCGUUUGAAUACGUUGUGAUGUUCAAGUUCUCGUUCGAACUCUUCCUCGCGGACAACCGCUAUGCCACCGCGGAAGACAUAGUGGACACAGGGCAAUAUACAUCGUGGCUACCGAAUCUAUCGACGCAGGCGACCCUGGCAUCUGACCAACCGCCUGAGUUGCAGGAUCAGUCCCCGCCUACAUCCACCAUAGACAAUUGCGAUAAUCCGACGGGGGCGCGGAUCGAUGCAGAGUUUGCGUGCCAAACCUACCAAGCCUCCGAACUAGUACAGACGAACAACCAGGUGUCGAACGGUCUGACAAACAGGAAGUACUGGUUCCGCCGUUUCGAGAGAUAA